AAAUGCAAGUAAGAUCACAUUAUCCAAACGAAAUGGAUAAGACAUUACGUGGCACAACCCGAGUGGCUGAAUCCAAUAACUUAGAUCUUCACAGAAUUCAUAGUCCAUGAAAAUACGAUAAUCGGAUUUAUUGAGAUAAUUUCAAAUAAUCCUCAUUUACUCUCUUGAAUUUGAUUCUCAUUUACAUUUCAAGAGAAAAUCUCGUCAUAAAAAUAAUCCAAGAAAAAAAUUUAAAUUAAAUGGCAAGCUGCAGUAUGGCAUCAUGUGGAUUUGUGGUGACACCUAAUGUGAUCUCUUCCGCCGCAACCACCCCCAAAGCCACCGUGCUCUUCUUCCCUUCCAAGAAAACCGGCGGCUCACGGCUGGUGGUCCGCGCCGGCGAUGAGGCCGCCGCUGCAGCACCAGCGGCUGCCACCGCUACGCCACCGGCUGAAGCUCCUAAAGCGGCCAAGCCGCCGCCAAUUGGCCCCCCCAGAGGCUCAAAGGUGAGAGUUCUUAGAAAGGAAUCGUACUGGUUCAAAGGUGUGGGUUCUGUUGUAGCUGUGGAUCAGGACCCGAAGAGCCGGUACCCGGUGGUGGUGAGGUUUAACAAGGUGAAUUACGCAAAUGUAUCUACCAACAACUACGCUUUGGAUGAAGUGGAAGUCAUUGCAUAAUGCUCUUUUACUUCUCAUGUGUAUUGUACCUUGUCUGUGUGUGUGUGUGUGUAUUUUGCAAUGAUCAAAAUGGGUUUAGUUGUA